AUGUUCAGGAGGGCGUAUACCACAGUGCAGCCCCGCGCACGGCCCACGUGGCGGGAUCUGCUUCUGCCGCUGGUGUUCAAAUCGUUAUUUCUUACUUUGGUCUUUGGGUCUGUGGUGGUUGAGGCUACUAGAGGACGUAAGGAGCUUGAAGCGUUGAAAGGCGCCUACGAGGCGAAGUUCAGAAUCUUGGAGGAUGUCACGGGGAAGGUCCGCAGAAGAGAGCCUGUUGACGUUGCUCAGGAGCUCAAGAUUGCCAACGCCAUCACGAGGCAUAAGUACAAUUCGGUGACUGAUGUGGAGAUGGAUGAGCAGUUUGAGGAGAUACUCCGCAUGGCCGAUGAGCCAGUGGAGGAGUCUAAGGUUGUUACGAAGGAGGAGGAGAUUCCAAGAGAGAGUGUUGCAGAAAAACCACAAUCGGCAAAGUUCCUUUGA